GAUCCACUAUCGAUAAGAUAUUUGCACUGUUUGCUCUGAUUAUCCUUGAGCUUCGCAACGAGCAACUUCAACCUCUGCAUGGAGUUCUUACGCUGUGUCUCGCGAUUGAGACUUCCGGGGAAAUAUUUGGCAAGGAGGCCUCUGGUGCUGAGUUUGUCGCAUCAUGUACGGUUUAAUUCGACCAAGCCCUCCCUCCCAACGGGCAUUGUGCUUCGCGACUACCAAGAAGAGGCCAUUCAAUCCGUUUUGAAGUACUUGGGCGAAGGCCACCGGCGCCUAGGAAUCUCACUUGCAACAGGAGCUGGAAAGACAGUGAUCUUCACACAGCUCAUCAACCGAAUCCCUCCGCGAGAUGCGAGAGCCACCAAAACCAUGAUUAUUGUACAUCGCCGGGAACUCGUUGAUCAAGCUGCAAGGCACUGUCGUCUCGCAUAUCCAGACAAACUGGUGGAAAUCGAAAUGGGCAAGGAUACUGCGACAGGCGCAGGGGACAUUAUCAUCGCGUCAGUACAGACAUUAUCGCGCGGGCGCGUUUACAAGUUCGAUCCUAGCGCAUUUAAGCUCGUAUUAGUGGAUGAGGCACAUCAUAUUGUUGCAAGGUCAUACCGCGACGCUCUGGGACACUUUGGAUUGAACGAGCAAUCUGCAAAUGGACCAAUAUUGGUGGGUGUCUCGGCCACUUUUUCGCGGUUUGAUGGUCUCAAGUUGGGUGCGGCCAUUGAUCAUAUUGUCUAUCACAAAGACUAUGUGGAUAUGAUCCGCGAGAAUUGGUUGGCAAACGCCGUCUUUACGACUGUCAAGUCUGGGGCCAAUUUGUCCAAAGUCAAGAAAGAUAAUUUCGGGGACUUUGCUCUGGCCUCACUUUCCGAAGCUGUUAAUACCGCAACCAUAAACAGUAUCACAGUUCGUGCUUGGAUGGCGAAUGCUGCAGAACGAAAGUCUACAUUGGUCUUUUGCGUUGAUAUUGAGCACGCACGUCAGCUCACUGCUACCUUCCGUGACCAUGGUGUUGAUGCAAGGUAUAUCACUGCUAGCACCCCUAAACGUAAGCGCGCAGAAGAGCUACGGGCUUUCAAAGACCAGGAAUUUCCAGUCUUGUUGAACUGUGGUCUUUUCACAGAGGGCACAGAUAUCCCAAACAUCGACUGCGUGCUUUUGGCUCGACCGACCAGAUCUCGGAACCUGCUCAUCCAAAUGAUUGGGCGUGGACUUCGGCUGUUCCCUGGAAAGAAGGAUUGCCAUAUAAUAGACAUGGUAGCCUCCCUGGCAACCGGAGUCCUAUCGACACCGACUCUAUUCGGCUUAGACCCGGAUGAAGUCCUGGACAACUCCAGUGCGGAAGAUAUACAAGAGAAACUGGACAAGCCCAAGGAAGAAGCACCCGGCCCUGAUAUUGCUGAGCUAUAUGACGGCUCAGACAACGACUUGAAACUCCAAUUCACAACAUAUGAUAGUAUCUACGACCUCCUAGGAGACAUGCAAUCCGAGCGACAUAUCAGGUCACUAAGUCCGCACUCUUGGGUCCGAGUCGGCGACGACAGAUACAUGCUUUCUGAUGCAUCCGGCUGGAUGACAAUCGAAAAAGACGACGACUUAUUCACCGCACACCACGUCAUGAAAUUCAAGGACCCAAUAAAGGAAGUCCUGCAAUACACGCGCCCGCGCAAGGUUGCUUCCGGGCCUGAUUUGGAGACCAUUGUGAGGUCGGCAGAUACCUAUGCCAAUAGCAAAUUCGAUCAGCAUUACAUAUCCACUCGGAAGCCUUGGCGACGGGCCCCGGCAACACCUGGUCAGAUCAAGUUGCUGAAUGCAGCUCGUAUUCGUGACCGCACAGUAAAGGAGGAAGAUCUGACUCGUGGCCAGGCAGCUGAUAUGAUCACGAAGCUGAAAUAUGGGGGCAAGAAACGCUUCAAGGAUUUGGAGACUGAGAAGCGGAAGAAGCUGCGGCAAGUGGAUGAUAUGGAUAAGCUGCAGAGAAGGGUCGAUGUGAAGGUUGGGCCUGUGGAGGGUUGA